ACCACAGUCUCUAAUUUCCUGUCUCCAACCUCGAUCGCAUAGCAUUGCAGCAAAGAUGCCGAAAGCUGAAGUAGGAUCCACAAAGCACCUGAACAACAAGCUCAAGUCCAAAGGACUCCAGCGAUUACGAUGGUAUUGCCAAGUCUGCGAGCGUCAAAUGCGCGAUGAGAAUGGCUUCAAAAUGCACACACAAUCCGAGUCGCAUGUCCGACAGAUGCUCCUGGUCGGCGAAGACCCCAAGAAAUAUAUUAACGACUAUAGCAAUCAAUUUCAGAGAGACUUCUUGCAACUGCUACGCACAUCCCAUGGCGAGAAAAAGGUCAACUUGAAUCACUUUUACCAGGAAUACAUCCACAAUAAGGAACACAUCCAUAUGAACUCGACGAAAUGGCCUUCUUUGACCGAAUUUGCAAAGUUUCUGGGCAGAGAGGGUAUCUGCAGAGUGGAGGAUGAUGAGAAGGGGUUGCACGUUGCGUGGAUUGAUAAUUCGCCGGAAGCGCUGAGGAGGGCAGAUGCUAUUCGGAAGAAGGAGCGGCAGGAUAGAGGAGAUGAGGAGCGAGAGCAGGCCGCUAUUCGCGAGCAAGUUAGGAAGGCGAAGCUCGAUGCGGAAGGAAGAGGGGAGCGGGAUGCAGAUGACACCGAGAAAGAAUUGAAGCGGGCGGAUGGAGAAAAGAUAAAGCUGAGUUUUGGUACAAAACAAGCUGCGUCGAUAUCAGGGCCUGCUCUGGACAGCCCAGCGAUCAAAGAAUCAAAACCUGGCCAGGCAGAUGAACAGAAAAACGAGAUUCCCAAAGAUUCCAAAGAUGAAACAGCAGAGUUUAAGCCAGCAGCACCAGGCAAGAUAUCUAUGAAGAUGGGACUCUCAAGCAAGCCUAGGAAUGUCUUCGCCGCUGCUAAGAAGAAUGCUCUUGGAGGAAAGAAAGCCGCGAUCAUCGAACAACCUAAGAAAAUGGGCGAAGCAGAGCGUAUAAUGCGGGAGGAAAUGGAGCGGAACAACAAAAGAGGCCCACCAGGUUUUGGAGGUCCUCCACAAAAGAAGCAGCGUUAUUAGGCUCAUAUUGUGGAUCGCAGGCGUUUUCUGGGGCACUUUCUAGGUGUAUAAACAUGGCGUUGGCUAGAUACCACUUGCAUUUAGCUGUAGAGAAUAAACUGCAAUUCAUUCCGCAACUCCUUUAACUCCAUUUCGCUGUUCCUAACCACCCGUUUUAUGCCGCAAUAUGCCCAUGCGUCUCUUCAACACCUCCAUUGUCCUAAACCCCACUAGCCUCCAUCUGUCACAUCUGCCACCUCUAAUCUGCAUCCGUGGCAGUUCCAUCUCUCCUAAUAUAUAUCAGCCUUCUGACAUACACUCCUGAGCAGCACUCUAACUCAAGGAAAACUCACGGAAUGUACUUGAUCCUCGCUUCAUCCUCCAUGACAGCAAUCACCUCAUCCGGCAGCUGCCCGCUGACUUUCGUAGCAUAAACCCCACGCACAUAUCCAUCCAGUCUCUGCCACUUCGCGACCCAGCUCUUACUCGGAUCCGCGAGUGUGAUCAAUCCUUCGAAGACUUGAGAUGUGCAGUCGAUGAUUGCUUCCAUUGAGCCUUCGAGAUGCAGGAAGUCUUCGCAGUUGGGGCAGCCUUCCUUCAGGAAGCGGUUUUGCGUCCUAAGGCCGAGCAUUGUUAAUUUUGAAAGUAGGUAAAGGAGGGUGAGGGGCCACGGAGGAGAGGGGAAUAUGUACAUAACGAUAGAGCAGACCAUGCAGGCGCGCAGGUUGCGCUGUUGACCUGGGGGGACGAAGUUUUCACUCAUGAUGAGAGUUGUUUGCGUUUUGAAGUUGCGUCUCCCGGUUCAAGUUGCUGAAAGUUGUGGGAAGACCGUACUUUGUUAUUGUUUGGAAAUUGUUUGUUCAAAGAGGGACGAGGUUCAACAGACGAGGCUGAAC